AUGGACUGGGCGAUGAAGUUCCAGCAACUUAGGUAUCGUGAAAAGCAGUCAGACUGGUUCGGUAAAAGAGGUUUAAGCUGGCACAUAUCUACGGUUAUCUCAAGCGAUACAAAGAAUGAAGGCUCAUUAGAACUACAGUCGUACGCUCAUCUCUUCGAUACUUGCCAGCAAGACUGGUUUGCAGUAUCUUCAAUUAUCGAAAACACACUGAAAGUCAUCAAGACCCAGAAGCCGCAUGUCACCCAGGUUUAUCUGCGAUCAGAUGAAGCCGGCUGUUAUCAUAAUAACGCUCUAAUUGCUGCAGCAAAAGAUAUCGGCCAGCGAGUAGGUAUAGCUGUUUGUCGCUACGAUUACUCAGAACCACAGUAUGGCAAAGAUGUGUGCGAUCGCAUUUUAUGGCCGAUGAAGACAUGUAUCCGACGAUACUGCAACGAAGGACAUGAUAUUCUAUGUGCAGAAAGUAUGAGAACAGCACUUUCAGAAAGACCAGUAAAGGGAACGUCCGCGUGUGUCUGCGAAGUAGACGAGGAAAAGGAAACCUUACAAGUUAAGAAAAUAGAUGGCUUCGGCAAGUUACAUAAUAUUCAAUUUGAGGAGAAAGGCAUUCGUGUUUGGAAAGCUUAUGGAAUAGGUCGUGGGAAAGAAAUCUCGUUUGAGCAGCUAGUUUCACAAAGCCAGGGAAGCACCGGUCUCAAGAUCGUUAAUGACUUUUUUGCUCCAGAAGAUACACGAGCAUACAAAUGCAAGAAACCUUUGCCAGAAAGUUCAGAUGACGACAGCGAUUCGGAGCUGGACAUAUUUGAGUGUUCGGAGCCAGGGUGCGUGAAGAGUUUCCAAACCUUUUCAGAUCUCGAAUCACAUUUGGACAUCGGAGACCAUUCUGUAAAGGAUGGACAAAAGCAAACACUGUAUGAUAAACUAAGGAGGGACUGGGUUGAAAGGUUUACUACAGCAGUCAACAUAUCUGAAGACGAAGCAUGCCCUCCCACUAACACUACAAAUGAGAAUGAAUCAUCAUUACCAAACAAUGGUAUUCAGAUUGGCUGGGCCCUAUCGAAACCACGAAGUGGAUCCUCGAGAUUUUCGGAAAAAGUCAGAAGCUACUUAACCGCAAGAUUUGACAUUGGCGAGCUGACGGGACACAAAGCAGACCCCCAAAAAGUUUCUACUGAUAUGCGGAAUGCAAGAGAUGAACAAAACAAUCGUUUGUUUACGAGAGAAGAAUGGUUAACAAAAACGCAAAUACAAGGUUUCUUUAGUCGUCUCGCAGCUAACAGGAGAAAAAACAAGGAUCUUCUUGACCUUGAAUAUAAGGAAGUGUUGAGAGAAUAUGAAGAAUGUGAACGACAAGCACUGAUAGCAGAAAUUGCUGAACAAAUCAAACCGCAGCAUCCAAUAUCAUAUGACGCCUUUAAUCUUUGCGAGUGCGCACGAGAAAACAAGUUGUGCAAAUUCAACCUGGCAAUGCUAAAACAAAUCUUCCAUUAUUUUGCCAUACCCUUUUCAUCCAAAUACAGAAAGAAAGACUUCAUUGCAGAGCUUACAUACUUUAUAGAGGAGUGUGCGUGUUUUAGACAGUAG